AUGGUGACCUCCGAUCAAGAUCGCCACCACCGACAGAACCGCAACCGUCAACAGCUUCCACCUCACCCACGCCCGCCUAAUUCUUCUCGUCCGGCGGUGGCGGCGGCGGCUCGAUCGAAGGUAUCGAAGCGUGUGCUUCUCCGAGUAGCUUCCGUCGCGUGCGGGAUUCAAUUCGGCUGGGCGCUUCAGCUCUCCUUGCUCACUCCCUACGUGCAGGAGCUAGGGAUUCCUCACGCUUGGGCCAGUGUGAUUUGGCUCUGCGGUCCGCUCUCUGGACUGUUCGUGCAGCCGCUCGUUGGGCACAGCAGCGACAGGUGCUCGAGCAAGUACGGUCGCCGGAGACCGUUUAUCGUAAUCGGAGCUGUGGCGAUCGCAAUCUCCGUUCUGAUUAUCGGCCACGCGGCGGAUAUCGGGUGGGCAUUUGGGGAUAGAGAAGGGAGGAUUAGGCCGAGAGCGAUUGUGGCUUUCGUUUUUGGGUUUUGGAUCCUUGAUUUGGCUAAUAACAUGACUCAAGGUCCUUGUCGAGCUCUCCUCGCCGAUCUUACUGAGAAUGAUAACCGGAGAACCAGAGUAGCAAAUGGCUACUUCUCUCUCUUUAUGGCGAUCGGCAACAUUCUUGGCUACGCUACAGGAUCAUUCAAUGGUUGGUACAAGAUCUUCCCUUUUACAAAGACUGUUGCAUGCAAUGUGGAAUGCGCCAACUUGAAGUCUGCGUUUUACAUAGACGUUGUCUUUAUUGCCAUAACUACGAUCCUUAGCGUCUCAGCGGCUCAUGAGGUGCCUCUUGCUUCGUUGCCAUCCGAAGCACAUGGGCAAUCCAGUGGAACAGACGAGGCUUUUCUUACUGAAAUUUUUGGGACUUUCAGAUAUUUUCCAGGAAGUGUUUGGAUAAUCUUGCUUGUUACAGCACUGACAUGGAUUGGUUGGUUUCCGUUUAUUCUGUUUGAUACUGAUUGGAUGGGUCGAGAGAUCUACGGUGGUGAGCCUAACGAAGGUACUUCGUACAGUUCCGGGGUCAGUAUGGGUGCGCUUGGUUUGAUGUUGAACUCUGUUUUCCUUGGAAUCACUUCGUUGCUGAUGGAGAAACUUUGUAGAAAGUGGGGUGCUGGUUUUGUUUGGGGAGUAUCAAACAUCUUAAUGGCGAUUUGCUUUCUUGCUAUGAUUAUUACUUCGUUCGUUGCGUAUCACCUUGGCUACAUGGGCAUUGGAGAACCACCUGCUGGCAUCGUAAUUGCCGCUGUAUUAAUCUUUACAAUUCUGGGGAUUCCAUUGGCAAUAACUUACAGCAUCCCAUAUGCGUUGAUUUCCAUACGUAUUGAGUCCUUGGGGCUUGGUCAAGGCUUAUCUCUGGGUGUGCUGAAUUUGGCAGUAGUCAUCCCACAGGUAAUUAUAUCUGUUGGGAGUGGACCAUGGGACCAACUAUUCGGAGGUGGGAAUUCACCAGCGCUUGCAGUUGGAGCAGCUGCAGGUUUCAUUGGCGGAAUUGUAGCCAUCUUGGCUAUUCCACGAACAAGGAUUCAGAAGCCUAUCCCUCUCCCAUAA